GUUUUCAUCCGGAUAACGGGACAGGGAGAGGGGCUGUACUUGCUCUGAGCCACUUCUUCUGGACCCGUACCUACUCCGCAAAACUGCUCCAAUUCAGCGAUAACACUUAGGUUUUGAACAAAUUAAAAAUGCGACACGGAGGGACAGUGAACUAGCGGGGGUCCGUGCUGUGGUACGUUUGUUUAAACGAAAGCUAGCUGAUGAAAGAAAUGAAACGUUAAAGUAACUUAACCUUUAAGUCGCUGUGAGCACUUUUAAACUGAAUAUUUUUAUCUAAAGCUAACAUAUGAGUGACUGUUUUUAAGAAGGUACCACCAUGCAAAACGACAAAACGGAGCCGAGUGAAGCCAAGGGCGCCGAGUGCGUGAGCUCAGGCGACACCGAGAACAAAUCACUGAGCACCGUGGAGACCGAGACUGAAGCUCCCAAACCCAAAGGGAUAAGUGCCGUCGCGGUGCUCUGGACGUUUGGGAAAUGUCUGGGCGCCCUGCUGCCUGUCUACCUGGCCGGAUAUUACCGAGUCAGCACCAGCCUGUUGGUGUUCGGGAUGAUGGUCUACACGGGAUGGAAACAUGCCCGAGAAGCCAAGGAGGCUCGGCUGAAGUCAGCCAUACAGCUGCUCGACAACGAGCAGGAGUACACAUCCAUGAAAGUGUCCAAAAUCAAGAAAGACCUCCCCGCGUGGGUCAACUUCCCAGAUGUUGAGAAGGUUGAGUGGCUAAAUAAGGUGCUGCAGCAGGUGUGGCCCUUUGUCGGCCAGUACCUCGAGAAGCUGCUGGUGGAAACCAUCGCACCAUCAAUCCGAGCCUCAAGCACCCACCUCCAGACCCUCAGCUUCUCAAAAGUGGACAUGGGAGACAAGGCCAUGAAGGUCGUAGGGAUCAAAGCACACACCGAGAACGACAAAGGACAAGUCCUGCUAGAUCUGUAUAUUAGCUAUGUUGGCAAUGUAGAGAUCAAUGUUGAGGUGAAGAGAUACUUCUGCAAGGCUGGAGUCAAAGGAAUACAGCUUCAUGGGAUGAUGCGAGUGAUUCUGGAGCCUCUGAUUGGAGACGUGCCCAUCGUGGGUGCGGUCACCAUGUUUUUCAUCCAGCGGCCUAAACUAGACAUCAAUUGGACUGGACUGACUAAUUUGUUGGACAUCCCUGGACUCAAUGUCAUGUCUGACAGCAUGAUCAUGGAUGCCAUUGCCUCUUUCUUGGUGCUGCCCAACCGCCUGGUUGUCCCCCUGGUUCCAGGCCUACAUGUGGCCCAACUUCGCUCUCCUUUGCCCAGGGGUGUGGUGCGCAUCCACCUACUGGAGGCACAGAAUCUAGCAGCCAAGGACAACUACGUGAAAGGGGUUAUGGCCGGCUUGUCUGAUCCCUACGCCAUAUUGAGGGUCGGCCCUCAGACCUUCACCUCCAAACACUUUGACAACACAGACUCUCCCAAGUGGGAAGAGAUUUACGAGGUUAUAGUCCAUGAAGUGCCUGGUCAGGAGUUGGAGGUGGAGGUAUAUGACAAAGACCCAGACCAGGAUGAUUUCCUGGGCAGGACCAAAUUGGACUUGGGCAUUGUGAAAAAAUCCAUUGUUGUCGAUAAUUGGUUCACUUUGAAAGAAACUCCAUCAGGACGGAUUCAUUUCAGACUGGAAUGGUUGGCCUUGUUGCCCAGCACCGAUCGACUAGAGCAGAUCCUAAAGAGGAAUGAAAGCGUCACCAGUAAGAAUGCCGAUCCACCUUCAUCAGCCAUCUUGGUUGUGUAUCUGGACAAGGCGGAGGCACUUCCUAUGAAGAAGGGAAAUAAAGAUCCAAAUCCCAUGGUGCAGUUGUCUGUGCAGGACAUCACCAGAGAGAGCAAGACUUGUUACACAACCGUUAAUCCAGAGUGGGAGGAAGCCUUUACCUUCUUCAUCCAGGAUCCCCGCAAGCAGGACAUAGACAUUCAGGUGAAGGACGCUGACCGUGUGCAGACGUUGGGCAGCCUGACCGUCCCUUUGUCCCGUCUGCUGUCCAACUCUAACCUCUCUCUGGACCAGUGGUUCCAGCUUGAACACUCUGGAUCUGCAAGUCGCAUUUAUAUCAACGCAGUUCUCAGGUGCUUGUGGUUAGAUGAGGAACGCAUUCCAUCUGAUGUGUCAUCUAAUCUGGAGGCUGGACUGUCCAAACAUCUACCCCAGCAGACGGCCCCUCAUCCUAGCUUUGCCACAGAGGGACUGCUUCGAAUUCACCUAAUGGCAGGGCAGAACCUUGUCCCGAAAGAUAACAUGAUGGGGGGCAUGGUAAAAGGCAAGAGCGACCCCUAUGUCAAGAUCAACAUUGGGGGUGAAACAUUUACGAGUCAGGUUAUCAAGACUAACCUUAACCCCACUUGGAAUGAGAUGUAUGAGGUGAUCCUCACCCAGCUGCCUGGCCAGGACCUGUAUGUGGAGGUGUUUGAUAAAGACAUGGACAUGAAGGAUGAUUUCAUGGGCAGGCUGAAGAUCAGUCUGAAGGACAUCAUCGAUUCACAGUACACUGAUCAGUGGUACACUCUCAGUGAUGUGAAGUCAGGUCGAGUUCACCUGGUACUGGAAUGGGUCCCAACGUCCUCAGAGUCAGACAGAUUGGACCAAGUUCUUCAGUUUUAUUCCAGGCAGUCCUACCAAAACAAGGCGGUUCCCUCAGCAGGCCUCCUGUUUGUCUUUAUCGAGCAAGCAGAUGGCUUACCAGUUAAGAAGAGUGGAAAGGAGCCAAAAGUGGGAGCAGAGGUCAAACUUGGAGAUAUGUCACGCAAAACUACAGUGUGUGAUCGUACAACAUCACCCCAAUGGAAUGACGCAUUCUGCUUCCCGAUUCAAGACCCCAGAGAAGACAUUCUUGUUGUUAAGCUCUCCCACACCUGGACCUUGCCCAUGGGUUCCUUGGUGGUUCCUAUCAGAGAGCUGCUCUCCGAGCCAGAGCUGGUCCUGGAUCAGUGGUUCAAUCUGGAUGGAGCCUCACCUGAAAGCCAGGUUCUUCUGAGGGCUGAACUCAAGAUGCUGAUUCCCACCAAAUGUCCGGGUGCCACUGAUAAGGCUAAGCUCACUUCAGUGUCAGACCCUUCCCCUGCUCAGCAGAAACAGGAGGCAGACACAGUACUCAGGUCAAGUUCAGUGGAUGCUCCCCCAGUGGAGACUAUCGCCUCCUCAGUGACCUCACAUGAAGAUGCUGACGUUCAGGAAAUGGCACCUGAUGUGACUGAAGAGAAGGUGGAAGAAUCACCAAUGCCCGUCAUAACUCAACCUCCUCAUACUUCUCCGGACAACAGCUUUGCCAGCGAGGGGCUGCUGAGAAUCAUCCUGAUGGAGGCUCAGAGUCUGGUUGCCAAAGACAACAUGAUGGGCGGUAUGGUAAAGGGCAAGAGUGACCCUUAUGCCAAGAUCAACAUCGGAGAGUUUGCAUUCAAAAGUAAUGUCAUCAAGGAGAAUCUCAACCCAGUCUGGAAUGAGAUGUAUGAGGUGGUCUUGAGGCCUCAGUCAGGACAGGAAGUGCAGGUAGAACUGUUUGACAAAGACAUGGACAAAGAUGACUUCCUGGGCAGAUUCAAAAUCAGUGUGGCAGACAUCAUCAGUUCCCAGUACACAGACCAGUGGCACACUCUAAAUGAUGUCAAGUCUGGACGUGUUCGCUUGAUACUGGAGUGGGUACCAGCAGUUUCCCAUAAUGACACCUUGGACCAAGUGAUGCAGAUGCAGUCCCUUCAGUCGUACCAGAACAAGGCCAUUCCCUCCACAGCCCUGCUCUUUGUUUAUGUGGACAGAGCACACUCAUUGCCUUUUAAGAAAAGUGGAAAGGAGCCGAAAGCUGGAGCCGAGCUUGUUUUUGGUAACACAACCUACAAAACCAAGGUAUGUGAUCGCUCCAGGUCGCCUCAGUGGGGGGAGUCGUUCUACUUCCUGGUUCGCGACCCCAGUGAAGAGAUGCUCAUAAUGAAGCUGUCAAGCGCAUGGGACCAGCCAAUGGGAUCUCUUGUCAUCCCUGUGAGGGAGCUGCUUUCUGAACCGCAGCUGGUCCUGGAUCAGUGGAUGCCUCUGGAUGGAGCCUUACCUGAAAGUGAGAUCCUGCUGAGGGCUGAACUCAAGGUCCUGAACUCAAGGAUGACUGAAGCUCCACAGGCUUCUGUGAUUGGCUCGAAGAAAGAAGAGACGGCCAUUUCCACUGAACGGGAAUUUAAAGCAGUCACUGAGGACAAAAAACGCCCAGAGAUGAUAGAAGAUGAAUCGGUUGCAGUAUCCAGCCAGUUUAAACACUCUGAAGCAGCAGAUGCUGCAGCCUCCACAGAAGAUUCUACUCCUGCUGAACCAGCUGCCAUUCACACUGCUGCUGAUACAUUCCCUGCUGCUGCACUGGUGGAAGAGCCAACAGAUGAAGAAGAACAGCCCACACAGUCAGACACAGCAGUUAAAGGAGACUUUGAACCAUCGCAAACAGCAGGUACGGGUUUAGGCAACCUUGCUCAUGCCACAGUGAGUGGUCUUCCAGCUGACACCCAGGGGCCGGCAGAGGUCACAGAGACCCCCGAAGCUGAAGUUCUUCCACCACACACCACCCCCAGCCAGGACUUUGGUGAAGAGGGGCUGCUGAGGAUUCACCUGCUGGAGGCUCAGAAUCUGGUUGCCAAAGAUAACCUGAUGGGAGGCAUGGUGAAGGGUAAGAGCGACCCGUAUGUCAAGAUCAACAUAGGGGGAGUUACGUUCAAGAGUCAUGUCAUCAAAGAGAAUCUGAACCCAACGUGGAACGAAAUGUAUGAGCUGGUUUUGAGCAGACACAGCGUCCAGGAGAUCAAGUUUGAAGCAUUUGAUAAGGAUUUAGACUCUGACGACUUCCUUGGCAGAUUCAGCAUUAGGCUAAAUGAGGUCAUCAGAUCCCAGUACACAGAUCAGUGGUACACUCUGAAUGAUGUGAAGUCCGGGCGGGUCCACUUGAUACUGGAGUGGGUUCCUACAGUGUCACAUUCAGUCAGACUUGACCAGGUGCUGCAGCUUCAGUCUCUCCAGACACACCACAACAAGGCUGUCCCCUCUGCUGCUCUGCUCUUUGUCCAUAUGGAGAGAGCGCAUUCAUUACCUUUGAAGAAAAGUGGAAAGGAACCCAAAGCAGGAGCUGAGCUUGUUCUGGGUGAAACAACCUACAAAACCAAACUGUGUGACCGCAGCACCACUCCUGAGUGGAAAGAGUCUUUCUACUUCCUGGUCCAUGACCCUAAACAUCAGAUGCUCGUAAUAAAGUUGUCCAGUGGUUGGGACCAGCCAAUGGGCUCUCUGGUGGUUCCUGUGAAGGAGCUGCUUGCAGAGCCACAGCUAGUCCUGGACCAGUGGUUCCAUCUAGAUGGAGCUACACCUGAGAGUCAGAUCCUGCUGAGGGCUGAACUCAAGAUUCUGGAAUCCAAAAUGGUGGAUAUGAUUGAUGCAGGUACUCUGCCCUGUUCUGCUUCUGGAUCUGGAAAUGGGCAGGUGAAGUUGUCUCUCUCCUAUUCCUCACAGGAGCGACAGCUCAUCGUCAUCGUCCACGCCUGCAGAGGUCUCUUGUCUCAGGGUAAGGACGGUGCAGACAGCUACGUCUCCCUCAUGCUGCUGCCAGACAAAAGCAAAGCCACCAAGAGGAAGACAGCAGUGAAGAAAAGAGACCUUAACCCAGAAUAUAAUGAGAGGUUUGAGUAUGACCUUUCUGUGGACGAAACAAGAUUCAGGCGCCUCAGUGUUUCAGUGAAGAAUAACUCGGCCUCGUUCAGGAGCCGCGAUGUCAUCGGACAGGUGCAGAUCGAGUUGGCCCAGGUUGACCUGAUGUCCGGUGUCACAGAAUGGUUCUCCCUGAAAGACGAAGCUGAAUAGUCGCUGAUGUCGUAGAACAGUGAUGAUGAUGUCACCACUUAACUUGCCAUUGUGCCACUGCUGCAGCUCACACUGAUGCCUUUUCCUUCCCACCUCUGCAUACAGUACCACCAUGGCAGCCUUUCUUGCACCCGCCCAGCUCUGUGUAUUAACGUGUAGUAUAGAAAUGUGCUGCACUAUAUAUUCACAUACAUCAAUAGUCUCACCAAAGAUAAGUAGGCCGAAGUAGCUGAGUAAAGGAUGAAGUGAAAGUUGGUAUAGACUGAAGGAACUUUACUAUAUGAAGAGUUUUAAGAUGGAGUGGAGUAAGAGGAGGAUGAACAGGUUCAGAAAGAAUAAAGUGAUAUUGUGUUAUGUUUGUCUUUUUUUGCUGCAAGAAUGUUUUAAACAUGUAGUUAUCAUGUUAAAAGUGCAGUUACAUUUUCAGACUAUAGUUUUUUUUUAAGUAUUACCCAUGAUUUCUAAUGCCGUUUCAGUAUUUUGAGUCUGUUUUAUGACAGACUAAAAUUGAAGUUAUAUUUUACAGCACCUUGCCAUGUUUUUGUUUGUUUUUUUCUUUUGAAAAUGAUUUUUAUAAGAUUUUGUUUUCUACAAGACAUAUUUGUUCACACUUGCGUCACAAUUAGGUCAUAAUAUGUUUGAUUUUGUGUAUAUUUGCAAAGAUUACCGAUCAGACCCAAGCUCUUUGUUGAAAGAUGGUAUAACAAAAAUAAACAGAUUUUGCACAGCUCAA